AUGUCCUCGAGGCCUAUCACUCCUGUUUCACCCGUCCAAAGCGCUCACCCCGAUGCUUCGAUACACUCCGCGCGAGCACCGAGUGCUAGAAUAUCUUCUCGACCAGUAUCCUAUGUCGGCACCCAGCAUACCGAGACCGUGUCACAUCCGAACCACUCUCAAGCGGCUUUACUACAGGAUCAAUCCGCCGUAGCGCAAGCUGCCGACUUGCAUGAUGAAGUCGUCCACCAAAACCAAGAGUCCCCGGAGCUCCCGCGGACCAACUCGCACAUGUCAGGGUCGCAGACUCUACUGCCAUCGAGAGGUGGGACACUGAAGAAAAAGGCUUCCCUUCACAAGAGCGCAAGUCUGAAAAGGACGGCUAGCAAAAGGAGCAGCUAUGCUGGUUCCGUGCGAAGUAUGCCACUGGCCGAAAAGGAGAAGUACGGCGAGACCGAGGAGAGUAACAGCGUGUUCUACUGUCCAGUCCCGACCACCGGGAAUCCUACAGAGCUUCUCGCAGCGCGAUUUCAAGCAUGGCGUAAAGUCCUCAAAGAUUUAAUCAACUACUUCCGCGAACUGCACAAGACAUAUGAGAUGCGAGCCAAGGCGCUCAUGUCGACCUCCAACGUCGUCAACAACACCACUAUACCUUCCAACUUCUUGACAUCGGGUGGUUUGGGCGACGCCGCAUACAUCCUUCGAGACUUUCACAAACAAGGACUUAACGAAGCCAAUAAGGCUCGAGACCUCGAGAACGAGGUCAUUAUUCAACUCACGGGUCUGCGCAGUGAUCUUCAACAGAAGAUUAAAGAGAUCAAAAGCUUGUCUGGUGAUUUUAAGAAUUCGGUAGACAAGGAAAAGGAGGCCACCAAAAGGGCGGUCCAAUCUCUCCAGGAAUCCCUCGGCAUGGUUGAUCACGACGCAACAUCGACGGGAGGGAGAGGUGACCCUUUCCUGGUCAAGAUGGCGGUCGAUAAGCAGAUUGAGAAACAGAUCGACGAAGAAAACUAUUUGCAUCGGGCCUAUCUCAACCUCGAAGCGUCUGGCCGAGAGCUGGAGUCCAUCGUGGUCGGCGAAAUCCAGAAGGCGUAUAAUGUGCUUGCCGGCAUCCUACGCCGCGAAGCCGACGACGCCUAUGACACAGCUGAGAAGCUCAAGGAUGGACCAUUGUCAAUGGCCAAGGACCAUGAGUGGGACGAAUUCACCAAGAAUAACAAUCAGAUGGUGGACCCAAGAAUCCCCAUUCGACAAGUCUCUCACAUUAUCUAUCCCGGAAAAGAACAUCCCGCGGCUAUCGAGGUGAGGAGCGGCAUGCUUGAGCGGAAGAGCAAAUAUUUAAAGAACUACACUCCUGGAUGGUACGUGCUGUCGCCGACACAUUUACACGAAUUCAAAUCGGCGGACCGAAUCGCAUUCCAGUCGCCCGUCAUGUCAUUGUAUCUACCCGAGCAGAAAUUGGGCGCUCAUUCCGAACUCGAUUCUUCGUCACAUAAAUUCAUGCUCAAGGGCCGACAGACUGGAUCGAUGCACCGCGGGCACGCUUGGGUCUUCCGAGCUGAAUCUCACGAAACUAUGUUAGCGUGGUUCAAUGACAUCAAAGAGCUUACCGAAAAGCGAGGCGAGGAACGUAAUGAGUUUGUUCGCAGACAGCACGCUCGAUCUCUAUCUGGAAACAGCGUCAAACCGGCGAGCAUUAUCAGCUCGGAGGGCGAAAUGGAAGACGAUGAGGCUGAUCGCGUUGCGUUUUCUGGCGAACAAUCUGUGCGAGGAACGUCUGCUGAUGAAGCUGCGGCCGCCGCGGCCGUCGCCGCCAGCGCCGGUGGACUCGGUGCGGCUGCGUUGAACGACAUUGAGGACAACAGGUCUGAAGCCGGGUGGCGUCCUCCACAACGACCAGCACCAGGUGGGCGAUUUCCAUCUGAUCUCAACGUUCAGCGCGGCUUACAAGCUCCGCUGUCCCCUUCUAGUGGAGAGAGUUCUGACCCAGACCGUGAUGUCAUAGCAGCAGCAGGUGCUCUACCAGGCAGCGGAGUACCUUUCGCCCAUACCACAGAAAAGCAUACGGAUCUACAACCAGACGCUCACCCACCAGAUGGUCCGACUUCGCAGAUGAACACAACAAGCCAGUAUGCGCCGGGCCACCAUCCAAAUAUAUUCCCCAAUCGUCAGCCUCCCCCUUCCCAUGAUGGCGCAAGUCAAUAUGGCGAAUGGAUGGCACCGAUCGCUGCAAGUGCGGGAGGCGCAGCAUUAGCUGCUGGUGCAAUGCAUCAUCACAAUGAGCAUCAGCAGGAGAAGCAGACUGAGACAGCUGGCCAACGCCUAGGCGGCGAAUCAGCCAUACCGCAGUAUGGUGAAUCCUCACCUCCCAUACCCGUGGCCACUGCAGCACCAGUCGAUGCACCGUCUGGGCCGAGGGCAAUGAGCGAAAUAACCACAGCGCCUAGCUCGGCUGCUGCGAACACCGUAUCUUCAGGAACGGAGACGGGGACUUUGUCCACCGUGCCUACAAGCACAGGCCAUGGCACGGCGACUGACACUAUGUUCGGCGCCAACGGUGUGUAUGCGGGCCCCAGGACAUCCAAAACCGCGCCGACAGAUUAUGUCGUCAAGCCGGCGCAAAUUUAUGACAGUCAGAAGACCACCAGGGAAUUUCAUGUGCCAGGGGAGUUCCCAGCGACACCAGCUCUCAACGAAGAUUCCAAGAUUUACCACGACGUGGUCCAACAUUAG